AUGUUUUACUUACUGAUCAUACUGAUUUGUUCUAAUCACCAACUGCUGUUACAUACAACAUCAGCAUCAUCAUUAUUAUUUACACUUGAUAAUGUACGAUAUUCAUUAUCGGAUCGUGUAUUAACGAUACCUAAAUUAGGUGCUCUUCGUGGUAUUCAUAUUGAUUAUGAAAAUGAAUAUUAUAAAAAAUAUAAUCUUAUUAAUAUUGAAGCAUUUCUCGGUAUACAAUAUGGAUUAUAUCAUGGACGAUUUGAACCAUCGAAAGAACGUUUUGAACUACAUCCAACUACAAAAGUUAAUAAACAAAUUCAUUAUGGGCCAGCUUGUGCACAACAGAUUUGGACAAAUGAAAGUGAAUUAAUACGAAUACGAACAGAAAAAUUUGCUAAAGAUUAUUAUCCAAAAUUAUUAAAAUAUAUUCAAAAACAGAAUGAAGAACAAUGCCUUUAUAUGAAUAUUUAUCAGCCACAAAUCAAGAAUUUAAAAGAACCACUUCCAGUGCUUCUCUUUAUACAUGGUGAUGGCUAUGACAUGGGUACGGGUGCCGCUUUUGAUGGAGCUAUAUUUGCUAGUUAUUCGAAAGCAAUUGUUGUGACAAUUAACUAUCGACUUGGUCCUUUUGGUUUUCUUUAUCUAUCACGUGAGAAUAAAGGUGAUUAUGCAUUACAAGACAUAUAUACAGCAUUACAUUGGUUGAAAAAUUAUGUGACAAAUUUCAAUGGUGAUCCUGAUCGAAUUACAUUAUAUGGAACAGGAUCAGGAGCUGUAUUAGCAAGUCUUGUUGUUAUGCUUGAAACUGUGAAUGGUGGUACAGGAACAAUAAAACGACGUAAAUCUUUAGUUCAUCGUUUGAUAUUAAAUGAUCAGACAUUUCUUUCUCCACAUAUGACAUCGAUAAUAAAUGAAAUUUCAUCGUAUCAAAAUGAUAUUUUAUCUCAUUUAUCAUGUUCAACUUUUACGUGUUUACGUAAUCAAACGUUAAUAAAAACAAAUGAUUUAUUAGAAUUAAAUACAUAUUCAAAAGAUUCUGGAUAUAUAAAUUAUUUAAAUCCAUUAGAAAAUCCUUUUCCAUUUUUUAAUUCUCCUAUUGAUCAAAAAAAUCCACUACGUAUGAAAUUUUAUCAUCAAUCAAAUGCACUUCUACCUGAAAAUCUUCAUAUAUUAUUAACAAUAUCAUCAACAAUUAAUCAUUCAUCAUUAAAAGAAACAAAUUCGAAUAAUGUUCUUAUAGAAAAUUUAAUUAAUUAUGCAUAUACAAAAUGGAAUAAAAAAUUGAAUGAAUAUCAUUUUGAUAAAUAUCUAUUUAAUUAUCAUCAACAAAUUCUUGCACCAUUACUUAAAUAUGCGAAAUAUAUAUCAAAUAAUGAAAAUGUUCAUAUAUUAGAACGAUAUACAAAUAAAUAUCAAUCAGAAUUACCAUUCACAUUCGGAUAUGUUCUAGCACCAUCGAUGAGUGUUUUUAAUGAUACAUAUUUAAAUGCGAGUGAAAAUGAAAAAAUUGAAAGUAUGAAAAUUAUGGAUUUAUUCGCUAAUUUAGUACAUAAUGGAAAUAUUAAUAUGAAAUCACCAUAUUGUAAAGAUAAUCAUUGUGGAUCAGGUGAUGAAUGGAGAUCGGUCUUUCCAGAAUUUAAUUUUAUUCAGCUCAAAGAUGGUAAUUUAAGUCAAGUUACUGGUCAACAUGCUCAAGUUCAUUAUCUUUUUAAUAAUCUUAUAUCAAAUCUCAGUGAACAUUCAAUCGAUAAUGAUUUAUUAAAUACUUGGAAAACUCUAUAUGAAGUAUCACAUCGAUCAAAUUUAUCUACAUAUCAAUCAACAAAUGUUCCUUCAUCAUAUUUAACAAAACGAUAUUCCCCAUCGUUUUAUCCUCAUUUAACAAAUCAAAAAUUUAUAUUCGUUGUUUCAUUAAGUGUUUUAAUGUUAUUAAUGAUUAAUUUUUGUCUAUGCCUUAUUUUAUCACGACGCGGACAUGGUUGCAGAAAACGCGAAUAUAAUUGUCUUAAUAAUCAUAAACAAUUGAAUCUUCUUAAUCAUUCAGAAAAACAACAACAUCAAGCAACACAACAACAACAACAAAAUGGUGGUUCAUCACCAUCAAGUACAAAUAGUAAUGGUACAAUAACCAUUGAUUCAACUCAACAAUUAAUAGUGAAUACAAGUUCACAUGAACAAGAUCAUCGUUCAUCACCAUCAUCAUCAUUAUUAUGUACGACAACGAAUAGUAGUUUUCAUAGUACAUCACCUGUUGAUAUAAUACAUCCAAUAAAUAUAACGAAAAAAAAUGGAAUAUUAAAAUGUUCAUCAUUAAAAAAGACUAAUGUACUAACACCAUCAUCUUUACCUGAAGCUAUUGUAUAA